AUGACCCACCACGACCCCAUCGCAGACGCCAAAGCGCAGGAAGCGACGCACAAGUAUGCCUUCCGCGCAGCAACAAUGGACGACAUACCAGCGCUACAAGCCAUGAUUGGAGAGUCUCUCCGGGCGCUGGGAAAAGGGUAUUACACCGAUGCGGAGCUCGACGGAUCGAUAGGGUAUCUAUUCGGCCCCGACACCGUGUUGAUACGAGAUCAGACAUACUACAUCCUGCACCCGCUCCACAGCCCCAGCACAAUCGCCGCCUGCGGCGGCUGGUCCUUUCGGCAAACGCUGUACGGCGGCAACAACGCGCCCUCGUCUUUGCGGAUGCCGGCGAAGCGCGACCCAGCCGUAGACCGGGCCAGCAUCCGAGCCAUCUUCACGGCGCCCGUGUUCGCGCGGCAGGGGCUUGGGACCAUGGUGAUGCGGUACUGCGAAGGGCGGGCGGCGGAGGGGAACAGCGAGACGGCGGGGUUUGGCCGGUUGGAGAUGGGGGCCACGUUGAGUGGGGUCGCGCUGUACGAGAGGUGUGGGUAUAGGAGGAGUGGGAGGGAGGAUGUCGUGACGUGUCCGAACGGGGCGGGGAUUAGGAUUUGUCACAUGGUUAAGGAUUUGGAUGGGGUGGACUCCUGA